GAGAGAGAGAGCGAGCAUCCGGGAAUUCCGUUGACUCCACCCAAAUUCCGCCGACUCUCAGCAGCUCUGUAAAUAUGGCGGAGCCCUUCUUGGGGAGUUCAAGCCCAGACAUUAUGUUGCCUGAUUAUGAUGAUGAUCAAACACCUGAAGAUGAGGAGGUUCCAGAGGGAGAAACUAACUUUGGCAAUGAGAUUGAAGAACUUGCAAAGGAACAAGAAAUGCCCAUUAAGGAGCUCUUGAGUCUGUAUGGUUAUAGAGGCAGAGGAUCACUUGAGGAAGAGGAGGAGGAAGAUGAUGAAGAGGAUAUGGAUGGAGAGGUUGAAGAGGAUGAGGAGGAUGAGGAUGAAGGAGAGGAUUUGGAUAAUGAUGAAAGCAGCAGAAGCAAUGGAGAACUGAAGACCAAGGACGAUGAAGCAAAGGUAUCCACAGGAAUGGUAAAUGAGAGCUACUCCACUGAUAGUCGAAUUAGUGCAGUGACAUCCUCUAAAACAGCUGAACUCAUACGUUCACAGAACCUUGGCUACUUUCAGAAUAAUAAAGUAGAUGAAGAGUCAGAGGAGGAUGAUGACUAUAUUCCCUCUGAAGACUGGAAAAAAGAAAUUAUGGUUGGCUCCAUGUAUCAGGCUGAAACACCAUCUGGACUGUGUAAAUACAAAGACAAAGAGAAAGUCUAUGAAAACAAUGACCAGCUGCUGUGGAAUCCUGAAAUUCUUACUGAAAACACUGUGGUUGAGUAUCUGACAGAAGCAUGUCAACGGACGGGAGAGGAGACUGGAGUAGACGCUAUUCCAGAAGGAUCACACAUCAAAGACAAUGAGCAGGCAUUAUAUGAGUUGGUGAAAUGUAAUUUCGAUACUGCUGAAGCUUUGCGAAGAUUAAGAUUUAACGUUAAAGCAGCCCGAGAGGAACUAUCUGUCUGGACGGAAGAAGAAUGUAGAAAUUUUGAACAAGGUUUAAAGGCUUACGGAAAAGACUUCCAUUUUAUCCAGGCCAGCAAGGUCAGAACAAGGUCUGUCGGAGAUUGUGUGGCUUUUUAUUACAUGUGGAAAAAGUCAGAGCGGUAUGAUUUCUUUGCGCAACAAACUAGGCUUGGAAAAAGGAAAUACAACCUUCACCCAGGAGUAACGGAUUACAUGGACAGACUUUUAGAUGAGACGGAAAGCACUGCUUCCAGUCGAGCAACCACACCACUACCUGCCACCUCUAGCAGCAGCACUAGCCAGUCUGAGCGAGAGGAGAAUAGCAGUCACAAUGGACUCACCAGUCACAGCUCCAGUGCAGAUGCCACACAGAUCUUGAGCAGUGUGAGCGAGGGGAAGAUUGAAUCUGUCCCGGUGAAUGGAGCAUCUAAACAAAGUCUACUAACAGAUCAUCUUGACUCCAAUGGCUGUAAACUAACAGACAUUCACAACACAGACAGAAACGGCUCGGUGAAGCACCAACAGGACUGCCAGGGUCUCAGCAAGCCAGCAAAAAAGUUCCGGACAGAAUCAGAAUCACUGGACCAAGUUGAAAUAGACCCUUCAAGGAUAAAAGAAGACUGAAUAAGACAGUCCAAAAGUCAGUCCAAAAUCAAAAACCAGGGCGAUGGGACAGCGCUGUGACACCUCUCACCUCAUCCACCCUAAAUCCAAAGCUACGCUGCUCCAAAAAUACCACCCUCUAAACCUAACUACAGCUAAUUAAUGCGCCUUUUUCAUAAAACCAUUUUACAGAGAAAUGUAUAUUCUGUAUGUAAUGGAAUUUGUCUGCUAUUUUUUUACCAACAAGAUAUUUAUAUUUUUUGAGACAUUUUGGCAAAUGGUGAAAAUGCUGUUCAAGCCAUUAUACAUAAUUGAUGAGGAUAAAUGUUGGUGAGGGUGUGUUUCCAGGUACAUCAAGUGUUUUGAUUUAUAUUGUAUAUUAAUGGUUCAGUGCUCAGCUUUUUUGUGUUGGAGACAUAUUGCAAGCUCCCGUCAGAUGUAGUGAAAAUAAAUAAUCCAAUGGAAUCACCCC